AUGGGAAACUGUGCCACCAAACCGAAGGUUCUCAAAGAUACCGACGAGGAUCUGAUUCCGGUGGUAAAGAGCUUGAAUGAUGCUCCUAGCGCGGCGGAUGAAGUAGAGGCUUCGGCGGCACGACGGUGUGAGAAAGGAAAAGAGAUUCUCAUUGAAGACGAUGUGGAGGAAGAACACAGCAAACGUCAAUCUCUAAGUCUCUUGUUUCAUGAGGACAAGGCACUAGAAAAAGAAAGAACCAAUCUAUCUCGUAACAAAAGUGGCGCUUCUUCAGAAGCUUCAAAGCUUGAUACUUCUGCUCUGGUGGCUUCUAAUGUCAAAGCUUCAGCAACAUUUGAUGUUCAGACUAGAAAUGAUCUUGAAGUUAAGACUCCUGAAACGCCUAAAGCUAAGGAAGCUGAAGAAAAAGAAGUUAAUUUUUCAGAGAAUUGGGAAGUUAAGUUUCCAGAGGAAUUGGAAGGUGCUAAAACAUCUGAAGUUGUCAAGGUUUCUGCUCCUGAACUGUCUGAAGUGAAGGUUACAAAAGAGCCAUAUGUUCCAGAAGUCUUGGAGGAUAAGAAUGUUCCAGAAGUUUCAGAGGUUCCAGCUCCUCAUGAACUGUCUGAAGUUAAGGUUACAACAGAGUCAGGUGUUCUUGUGGCCUUGGAGGAUAAGAAUGUUACAGAAGUUCCUAAAGUCAUGACUGGUGAAGUUAAAGCUGCAGAGUCAGAACUUAUAAAGGUUUCAGAGGUUACAACUUCAGAGGAUUUAGAUAUUGCAGUUCCAAAAGUUUUUGAAGUCAAAACUCCUGAGACAUUGAGCAUUGGAUCAAAGAUUAAGACUACAGAAGAAAUAAAGGUUUCAGAGUUAGGAUUAUAG